AUGUCGACAUUCGAUGGCCGCGUGGCCGAAUUCCCCGAUAUUCAGAUUGAUCACUUCCGGACCAACGCCAUCUCUGGACGCGCGGUCCGGGCGUGUUUCCUCAGUCAUGUGCAUACUGACCAUCUCGUCGGCUUGGAGUCGCUGUCGUACCAGGGACCUUUCAUCUACUGCUCGCCGGCUACUAGAGAAGUUCUGCUUCGACUUGAGAAAUAUCCACAUCGAAUGAACUUUGCCAAUGGCAUUCUCGAGUCUCGCAAGCAAACAUUCAAGCACCUGAAGAGGCUUCUCAAGCCAGUACCGCUCGAGACUCCGACAUGGAUCGAAUUGGAACCCGGUCGAAAGAUCCGCGUGACACUGUUCGACGCCAAUCAUUGCGUCGGUGCUGUGAUGUUCCUGAUCGAAGGUGAGGGUCUGGAUGCCAAAGCCGUCCUGUACACCGGUGAUAUUCGGUCAGAAAGAUGGUGGGUGGAUUCCCUUUCUCGAUAUCCAGUUCUCAAUCGAUACCUCUCUCACUUCGGCAAAGAGCCACGAAAGCGUCUCGACAUGAUUUACCUUGACACGACGUUCGCAAACAAGACGGACCGGUACCAGCAUUUCCCGUCCAAAGCAGAGGGUAUAUCGGAGCUGCUCGAGAAGGUGUCAAUGUACCCGAGAAACACUCGCUUCUACUUCGACUCGUGGACGUUCGGAUACGAGGACGUCUGGCAAGCACUGUCUGCUCACUUCAACACUCAGAUCCACGUUGACCAGUUCAAAUAUGGGGUGUACCGAUCUCUUGGUGGCAGCGCGAACGGUACGAUCGCGCCCGAGUACUUCAAGCUGAUUACUUCGCAUUAUGGAAACCACGAACAGAAAGGCUGCCUGGCUACUGGAGAUGACGACAAGCACCAGCUUCACUCUUGCGAGCAAGGAACUGGCUGCAGCAUAUGGAGCAAACAAUUUGUUCGCAUUACUCCGAUCAUUUCUCGACACAAUGGUCAGUCGAUGCGCGAGCCAGGAGCUGGCGGUGGUGAUGGUGAUUUGACUCUGCGCCACGAGCUGGAGUUCCAAGAUGCCGUCGAAUUCGGACAAUUGAUGGAACUACUGAUUGCGAAUUUGAAGAAUGAUCCGGAGCGAUGUCAGAAAGUGUUGAAGAUGGUCAACGAUGAUCUGAAGGCACGAGGAACGAUAUCGCUCGACUUGCUGGACAUCUGGCCAGAAGCCGACGAUCAACACGUCUCACAGGAAGAACCAGAAAUGGAGGAUCUGACGCCCGAGAAGGUCGUCAUGGCGCUGGUAAGGCGGGCCGAAAAGCCAAAGGUCGAUCCAAGCAUCGCUGAGGCGGCACUGAUCAAAGGUGGAGAAUUGCCAAAGCAAAUCUUGUUUCCCUUCUCGAGACACGCUUCAUACGGCGAGCUUUGCCUGCUCAUCGAAGCAUUCAAACCAAAGGACAUCUAUCCGUGUACAGUGGUGCCACAGAAACAUUGGCAGCCAGUGCAUUCAAUGGGCCAUCUCUUCGGUCAUAUCUACGCGGAGCCGCCGCUCUUUAGCCAUGAUCAGAUUAUG